CCACCAGCAGACGAGAAUGGUUUGAGGUUAGAGGAUUCGUUUGUGUCCACUGAGGAGUGUUCAGGCUUUUGCUAAAAUCGCGUCAAAAGAGGCGUAAUGCUUCGCUCGGGGCCGCAAGUCUUGAAGAGGACAGCUGUAUCAAUUGGUUUGGACGCGACGGCGGCCCAGCAUGCUGUGUGCCUUCAGCAAUCGAGAGGGGUCCGGCCCCGAAAACCCUGGGGCUUGGGCUUGGCCAAAACCAAGUGGUUUAAAGUCCCAGAAAUGCCCCAACACGAUCCAGAUGAAUGGGAAGAGUUGAGCAGGCUUGGACACCGCCACAGACGUUUCGUUGACUCAAUAGCUCAAUUUUGUAAAGAGGAGAACCAAAAGCAUGCCGCAGGUAGUGCUGAAGCAGGUCAAAAAUCUAUUGAAGAAGAUGCGGAAUGGGCGGAAGGUCUUCUGCGUAUCAAACAAUGGAAUGAAGAGGUAGCUGCUAAACGCAACGAAAGAUUAGCACAGGAAAGGAAAAUGAAAGAGGAAGAAAUUCAUCAAAGAAUUCUAGAGGAAGAAAAGCAACAGGAGCAACGACUUCAAGAGAUUGAGGAAUAUAUCAGAAAGGAGAAGGAGCUUUCCGUGUCUUAUAUCACUCCAGACAACAUUGACAAGACUAUUGAAGAUUGUUUAGAAAAAGUGACAGACUACAACUGGGCUGUCGAUGUAAGGGGCAGAAAAUAUGUUGGCCGUUUUGUCACUGCCUCAGGUGAAGAAGAAUUACCAGACUCUGUAGAAGUAGAAGAAGAGAGCCUUCCGCCCCUCUUCCAAUCUUCCCCUACAGGAUCCUCCUCCAGCCGAUCAUCCUAGAUAUCCAAAUAUGAGAUACAGAAAUUAAAAUUGGAAUUUUUGUGAUUUUUCUUGUUUUGUAGAAAUUCUUGGUAUUGUUCAACUGCAUUUAUGUGGACUCUUCUCAACUAGGGGUGUUGUGAUUUUCUUUAGUGCAGUUUCUUUACCUGUUGUAAGUUGUUGUAAAUAUAUGGUGUCCUCUCCUCUA